UGAUUUGAACCACACGUACAGCAUUGAUCAUUUACACCUCUUGAUUUGGCCAAAACAGGAAUGGUCGCUCUCAUUGAUUCAUCAAGGUAGCCAUGAAACAUCGCUUGGCAUUAUAAAACGAAGAGACCAAAACCAUUUGUCUGGGCAGCAUCUCUCGGACAAAAGAUUCUAGCAGGAAGAUGGCGGUCAACGUCAGUGUGAUUGAGUCGACAGUGGUGAGGCCAGCGGCAGAGACACCUCGGCAGUCAUUGUGGCUCUCGAACAUGGACUUGGUGCAGCCCAGCACUCACACUCCCAGUAUUUAUAUCUACAAGCCAAAAGUCGAUGCUGCUGCAGACAAGGAUAGUAAUUUCUUUGACAUGCAUGUCUUGAAGGACGCGCUCGGCAAGGCCCUUGUGCCCUUUUACCCUUUGGCCGGCCGCCUGAAGCGAAAAAUGGAUGAGGGCGAGAAGGGUCGUCUCGAAAUAGAUUGCAAUGCGGAGGGGGCCUUGUUUGUUGUGGCCCGUAGCAGCUCUUGCAUCGAUGACUUCGGCGAUUUUGCACCCACUCCCGACUUCGGGAGAGGGCUUCUCCCUACCGUUGAUUAUUCCGGCGGGAUAUCUUCUUAUCCUCUGUUGCUGGUACAGAUCACAUAUUUAAAAUGCGGUGGAGUGGCACUUGGUGUUCGCAUAGACCAUCACUUAGCAGAUGGAUUAUCUGCUCUUCACUUUAUAAAUACAUGGUCUGAUAUGGCUCGUGGUCUGGACCUUGCAAUCCCACCAACAAUCGACAGGACAUUACUUCGCGCUCGAGACCCACCUCGGACUAUACUCAACCACAAUCACCACAUUGUAUACCAACCUCCUAAUGACCACGAUCAACAUGAAAGCACUGGGGUAGAAACAGUAGUCUCGGUUCUUACAUUUACUAGGGAGCAGCUCAACAUCUUGAAAGCUAUGUCGACCACUACAGAGGAAGAAGAUGAUAUGAGUACUUUACUAAUCAAGUAUACCUCAUUUGAGGUGUUUUCAGGUCAUGUAUGGAGAUGUGCCUGCAAGGCACGUGAACUAGCUAAUGAUCAAGAAACCAACUUAUUCUUUGCUGUAAACGGAAGGACCAGAUUGCAACCCCCACUCCCACCUGGUUACUUUGGUAAUGUGAUUUUCAGAGCCGCAGCAACAGCCUUAGCAGGGGAUCUUAUAUCAAAACCAUUAUCGUAUGCCGCAAACUGCAUUCACAAUGCUGUGGUGCGUAUGGACGAUGAUUAUGUUCGAUCGGCACUCGACUAUCUUGAACUUCAGCAGCGUCAUCAGGAUUUGUCAAGCCUUGCUCAUGGGACUCAUGUUAGGUGCCCUAAUCUUGGGAUAACUAGCUGGUUUACGCUGCCCCUCUAUGAUGCUGAUUUUGGGUGGGGGCGACCAAGUUUCAUGGGACGUGCUGGAAUUCCAAGUGAAGGAAAGGCAUACAUGAUACCAAGUGCAACUAAUUAUGGUUUAUCGCUGUGCAUCAAUCUGCAUUCUCGGCAUAUGAACACGUUUUCCAAGUUGGUUUAUGACAUAUAACUGACUAAUGAGGAAAACCAUUCAGAGAGUUGUUUGUGGUAAUGGGGUUCCCCUUUCUUUUUUUGGCCAAUAAAUGGGAUUCCACUUUAUGUCUUGUUAUUCGAUCGAGUAUUGAUGUAAGCUUUGUUGUGUAUGGAGUUUCUUGUAGACUCCCUUGGCUGUAUUUUAUGACUAAUUUCAAUUAAAAAGAGCUGAUAUCUUGUUUCUUAUGAACAAAUAAA